CUCUAAAAUAUUGUGCUCAUUAAUUUUAAAUGUUAACUGAAUCACAGUAUUUUGUAAAUAAUUUAUGCUAGCAUGACACACUGAAUGUCUUUCAUAUCCGGAAAUUGAAAGGUGCUUAUUUUCAACACAAAAUAAGUAUUAUAUUGAAGUUUCAGAUGUCGGGUAAACACAAUCUCUGAAAAGUAUAGCUGUUAUCUUCUUAUGACCAGAUAUCUAUAUCACUAUCUGUAACUGUUCUUUCAAAAUGUGAAGUUCUAAAUUUAUUAUUUAUGAUGGCAUUUCAGGAAUGAGCAUAGGAGUAUAAUGUUUCGUUUAAUGUCGCGAGACAGUUUUAUUUCACUUGUCAGGAGGUAUGAGUAGGUGCAUAUUCGGUUAUUUGGAUUUCAGAAUGUUGUCAAACCUGGCCUGUUUAUCUUUAGUGUGAUGGUGUAUAUGAUGCUGUGUCAAUGCCUGGUACUGUCAAAAUAAUCUAAAUAUUGCAUUGAAAGUCGGUGAAACAGCAGAUUUCAUGCUGUGAAGAUUGAAUAGUUUACUUUAUCUUCCACAACUACACUACACUUAAUGUUUAAGACAUUUAUCAUUGCUAGAAGUGUUUUAUAGUUGUAUGCUUUAAUAGAUGUAAGUCAAGAAAUAUAUUCAAUAGGACAUAUUAUUUUGAAAUAUUUUGUGGAUGUUCUCAUGGUGCUGGAUUCAUGUGUAUAUUAAAGUAUUAUUUUCAGUUUAAAAGUUUUGAAAUGGGUACCAUGAAAGACAUCUACACAGAUUAAGCAUGUCCCGUUCAGACGAUGAUAUUCUGCCCCAAAUAAAAUGUUGGUAAAAUCCUCAAAUAAUAAUGUAUUAUUUCUCAAGUCAUGCAGCUGUUAUCAUAACUGAUGUUAUGGCUCCACAGAAGCUUACAUUUCAUUGAUACAAAGACCAAUAGUGAAGAAGAGGCUAAGCCCGGUUGUAACAUCACUGCAUUGAACACAAGGUGUAGGCCAUCGCUAUGGAGGAUACUGUCCGAGCAUGUGUGUUGACCGUGAAAUCUACCACCUGUCAAACUGAAGGCACGGGGUGUGGCAUUGUUGUUGACACUCGCCAUGGUUACGUCAUCGCCCACUCGUCUGUUCUAGCACCGUUUCUUCUCAAUAAACCGGAUAUUCUCAGGAAACUGGAAUCAUGUUCCAAACAGCAGAUUGAUCUUUCUGCCAUCUUACAUGUCGGCAUUGAGGUUAUUUUGGAAAAGCUUAACCCAAAAUGACUCCAAAACUACGGAAUAUUCUUUGAAGAACUAUAAAACAGCCUUGGUAAAUACCAACAUUCAAGAAAAAUACCCCAAACAAAAAAAUCCUCACCGGAAAAUUAAGGUCCUUGUUCAAAUGUUUGAGGUUUGAACAUGCCAUGAAACAAUUAAUGCCGGAAGGGAACUGGAAAUUUGCAGACAAUUCCAAAGAAUCUGGGCCUAAGUCAAGUCCAAAUGUACCUGUUGAUGAAUCUGUUGAUGGAGAGGAUGAGCAGAUGUACAAAUUAUUGCCCUAUUUUGUUCUGGUCCAGCUGAACCGAUGGAAUAGUUAUAAUUCAGUCAUGAGAGUACGUUCAACCAAGUGCUGUCGGAUUGGGGAACCUGUGGAGCUCCUCGCAACACCUUUCGCUAACCUGUUCCCAGAUAUAAUGUUGAAUUCUGUGAGCAAGGGGAUCAUCAGCAAUCUUUCAGGGAGAAAUCAUUGUUUAAUUUUGUCUGAUGCUCGCUGUAUCCCAGGUUCUGAGGGAGGCCCGUUGUUUACUCUUGGAGGCAGUGAUGACUCGAGACAUUUAAGUGGUAUUGUUGUAUCGUCAAUGUGUUGGAAGAACGGAGAGUGGCUCGGCUUUUCCCUGGCUUGCUCAAUACAUGAAGUGCUUGGCAGCAUUCCACGGCUGGAUGAACAAGUAGACUAUGAAGUUGAGUUGAGGAAGAGGCAGCAAUUUCCAGGAACCAAGAAAAGUAUGUCCUUGACCUUGGGAGAAGUUCCCCUGCUGAAGGUCGGACCUUCUUGGGGGUCAGGGGUAAUACUUGGUCAAGGUCAGGGGUUGGUCAUCACCUGUUCACAUGUCAUCAAGGAUUCUCACAGCCAUACAGUGCAGCUGAAGUCAGCACCUCGCAGUCCUCUCCAGCCGUGCCAGGUUCUGUACAAGAGUCCUGUAGGGACACAGUUUGACCUGGCCCUUGUCUCAUGCACCGGACUGGAAGCACACAAGAGUUGUCCCCCCUUAGCUUAUCCCACAGAAGGAUCUACAGUCUAUGUUGUUGGCCAUGCUACAUUUGGUGAGGAGCUUGACCUUCACCCUUCAGUGACCUCUGGUGUUAUAUCCAAAGUGGUCAAGGUCAACAAUAUUCCAGUCAUGAUUCAGACAACAUGUGCUGUCCAUCCAGGGGCCAGUGGAGGGGCAGUACUGGAUGGACAGGGACGUCUUCUGGGAAUUGUCGUCUGUAAUGCCAAAGACACUGACACAGGCGCGAGUUUCCCUCAUGUCAACAUGUGUGUACCUGUAAUCACCAUCUGGCCGGUGAUAAAAGAGUAUAUACAGUCUGGAGAUGCCAAUGUUUUGAAAUACCUCAACCUGAAGAAUGCUGUCAUCAACCGACUCUGGACUCUGGGGACUCCAGCAGCACCAGGUGCCUGUUUAGCAGAAAGCCGUUUAUGAUCCUGGGUUUUCGCUAAGGCGUAAAGAGUUGUCUCCCUUAGCUGAAUCAACCCUUCAUACAUGUCGGACAAUAUGGCCAUCAGUUGAAGAAUCAAAAAUCAUUUUUAGUUUUUACAUUUAUUUUAACAAAUAUUAUUCCAACAUUAUUUGCCCCAGAGCUGUGAUAUAC